UGCGCGCGGCGCAACACCGCGAAUCGGCUUAGUUUCGCGAUCCGACGACAGUCCCUCGCUGUUGCCUGAUCGCUUAGCUUGCCGCCGAAAAGCUUCUCAGAAUCAGUGUGUACUGUGUUCCGAGGCGUACAUUGUAUAGAUAUAAUACAUAUUGUAUAUAUAUAUAUAUAUGUUUAUGCACUCUCUUUAAAAUCUAUUAUUAUUACUUCUUACUUAUAUUGUUGUUGAAUAAGGCCUAAAAUAACAGUUUCAUCGAACCGAAGUGUUUAAAUACAUAUUUUAUUUUAUUAUACUUAGGUAUACAAAAAAAAAAAAAAAAAUUGGACGACGCGACACGCACAUUUUUUGACUAAUCGUUUUCUCGAAUUUAUCCACGUUUUUGGAAAUCUGUGAGAUUGACUGUGCUUUUGUGACUUUGUUUGGAUCGUUUCUGGGUUUGUAACCAUAAACUACUAUUUCAGGAUAUAAUUCAGAAAAUUGGAAGACAGUAGUCCAGUCGUCGUCGCAGCAUCUUCAAACACACAGUAGACUUGAUACCAUGCGCUAGAACUUCUUCUCUACAUAAACAAAUCGUUGUCGACAAUCGCUUUGCUUUCGGCUACCCGCUUGUGCAAGAGAAGUAAAAAUCUAGUCCAGUAAAAUAACAUUUAUAUAACGAAUAUCUAGCGUCGCAGAAAAAUAGAAAGUGUUUAUUUUUUUAUACGGAACAAUGGACAAUAAAUCUACCUGAUCUGAAACCUAUUGAAUUUUAGUCGCGCUACGUCCAUUAUCGCGUCCGCACUUCGGUGAACAAAGUAAUUUUGCGUGUGAUAAGUUGAACUUUUUCGAUUUCAAUUUAAAAAAUAUUAAACAAAUAUCGACAAAAUGGCUAUGGUCAACAUGAAUAAUCUUUUGAAUGGAAAAGACUCCAGAUGGUUGCAAUUGGAAGUAUGUAGGGAGUUCCAGAGAAAUAAGUGCUCCAGGCCGGAUUCAGAGUGCAAAUUUGCACAUCCAGCCACCAACGUCGAAGUCCAGAACGGUCGUGUUAUAGCUUGUUACGAUAGUAUUAAGGGUCGAUGUAAUAGAGAGAAACCUCCAUGCAAAUAUUUUCAUCCUCCACAACACCUCAAGGAUCAAUUGUUAAUAAAUGGAAGGAAUCAUUUAGCUCUUAAGAACGCCCUUAUGCAACAAAUGGGUCUGACUCCCGGUCAAGCCUUAGUUCCUGGUCAAGUUCAAGCAGUAGCUGCUAAUCCUUACCUCACCGGUAUGCCCCAAGUCGGAAGUACGUACAGUCCGUAUUUUGCACCAGGUCCCAUUAUGCCGACGAUAAUGGGUCCGGAUCCAACGGGCGUUGGGUCUCCUUUAGGAGUGGUACCGCAAACUGUGGUGACACAACAGAAGAUGCCCCGUUCUGAUAGAUUAGAGGUGUGCCGUGAGUUCCAGCGCGGGGCGUGCAAGCGCGCCGAGUCGGAAUGUCGCUUUGCGCAUCCCGCCGACUCUGUGACUGCUAACGAGGACGGUACUGUCACUGUCUGCAUGGAUGCAGUCAAGGGCCGCUGUAAUCGCGACCCCUGCCGCUAUUUCCAUCCCCCUCUGCACCUCCAAGCCCAAAUCAAGGCCGCACAGUCCCGGGCUAGCGCGAUGGACAUGAAAUCUGUUGGAUCGUUUUACUACGAAAAUUUCGCCUUUCCAGCAGGAAUGGUACCUUACAAGCGACCAGCAGCAGAUAAAUCCGGCGUACCGGUGUACCAACCAAACGCAACUACGUACCAACAACUUAUGCAGUUGCAGCAGCCUUUCGUGCCCGUGUCAUGUGAGUAUUCCAUCUCCCCGGCUCCUCCUACUACUUCUUGCGCUUCGCCCACAAUUCCCGAUAUGUCGUCCCAACCGAUAGCUUCCUCUCCUAUAUCUCAAGCUUCUCAAAUGCCGCUUCAUCAUCAACAACAACAACAACAACCACCUCCACAACCACCACCACCACAACCACCAUUACCGCAAUCUAAAGAAUCCGAUGUUACCCUUAUAACAACCACUGCUACAAUGCCAGUCGCCUUGCCUCCCCAACCCCAUAUCACAGAUCCCGCAACGCUUGCUAAAGAGGUUGCCCAGCAAAACUAUGCUAAAGCUAUCAAAUUAGCUGCUGUCAAUCAAAGUAUAGCAGCUUCUCAAUUCACAACUUUGAAUCCGUUAAAUUACACCGGAGUUUCUUUGAAUAAGCAGGCGUUGACGGCAGUGCCGCAACCUUCAGCAGCCGCCGCUGCUGCCGCCGCCGCGGCUGCCGCAGCUUCGAUUCCGCGAUACUCGACUGCCUUGCCGUUCCAAUUCAACGCAACGACAGUUAAUUUAGGUCUGGCUAAUCCUUACCAGGCAAUCGCGCAACAGAAUUUGCUUAAUUUGAGCCGUCCACCACCAGUGCAAUUCAAUCCUUAUUCGUUUAUUAGACAACCGUAUACUGCGGCGGCUGCGGGUGCUGCUGCGAAUCCGCUUUACGCUAAUAAUUUUCUAAGUGCACAAUAUCCAGUGACAGUCUCAGCAGCUCCGAUCAUAAAUAACACCGCUCCUCAGACGAAUAUGGCUGUAGCGGCGGCACAAAAUAACAACAAUAACGUACCGCUCCAACCGUACAAGAAACUCAAAACGAACUAAUAGGAUAUAUUUUAAUUUGUUGUUAAUUCACUUUUUGUUAGUUCUGUGUAAUAUUUUAUGAUACCUGAUCACAUUUUCGAAAAUAAAAACAAGUUUUAUCAAUUGUAUUUUAAUGGUUAGUGUUUUUGUUUGAUUUUAAUUUGAAAAUUGAUGUUGCGUUAAUUUCUCGUGUAAUUUUUUUGUUCCUUUAGUAUCGUAAUAUAGUUAUUACUGUAAGUGAACUAAUGGUACAGGAACGAACAAUGUUUUAUACCCCACUGGAAAUGUACGUUAGACAUUAUCUUUGUUAUGUUUUCUUUUUUUAAUUUUUUUAUCUCCAAUUUUAUCUCUGUUUCUGCUAUCACACCACAAUAGACUCCACAAUAAUUCCUUAAUUUCUUAUUAUAAAAUAGGCCAGAUGUUAAAUAUUUUUACAGAGUGGGCCAUAGAAUAUUAUAAUCUAUCCUAUAUUUAAUGUACUUACUUAUAUUAACAUCAUUUAAUCAUAAAACUGAUUUACUGAUUCCGAAAGCUCGUACAAGUUACCGAGAUCGUCGCUUCGGGAAAAGAAAGCUUCUGCCGUAUUACUUCCCACUUUGCUGAAGACUUUCAAAGAAGCUAUUCAGUCUGAGGAUAGUAGCGAAUUAGAAAAUAGAAACCACAAUAGAUACUGAAACCAAAUCUAUGCACAAAACGACACAUUCUAUCCAGUUACUUGGCUGGAAGUGAUUCGAUCAUUCUUGUCGAUAGCAAACGCUGAGAAGAUGGUUCUGCGGUAGUUUGAUGUCUCGACUACAUUCUGAUACGGUUAUGUUGAAGAAAAAAUCUUGAUGAAACUACCUGAAGAGUAUGCGGAUGGAACAGAACGUGUUUUCUCUCUUAAAUGAAGUUUAUAUGGUCUAAAGCAGAUUCCACUCUAAUGGAGUAAGACUUUUGAAGACCGGUAAGGGAUUCCAACAAAUCAACGAGGAUCUUUGCCUGUAUAUAUGUUUCUUUUUUUCUUGAGCUUGAUAUUACUCAAAGUGAUGGCAAUGUUAUGGUUAAUCAACCGACUUAUAUCAAGAAAAUUCUCGUGCAAAUCAAACGGAGAUAUUCACUGCUCAUGCGUAAAGGAAAUCUGCUGAUUUUUCGUAUCGAUCUGCUGUUAGGACUGUAACCUACAUGGUUAGAGUCGAAUGGAGAACUCUAGCGAUUUUCUGGGGCUUUCCAAGGGACUCUAGUUGAUAGCUCUUUUAAUCCAUCCCGUAUUUUUUGAUCUUCUUACUUGGCCUUACCAUAACCUUAGCUUUUGCUCAAUAUAUUCAUCAGCACUCUGACUCAUAUUCAUCCUUCUAGGUAUCUCAUUAUUCGUUAUUCUGCCAAGACCCGUCAAUCCAUAUUUUUAUCCUGUUUUUCAUAUAAUUCGUCUUCUUUGUCUAGAAUAUGAUUGAGACUUUUGUCCAUUCAAAUUCACAUCAUCUAUUGUCUUAACCAGUUAAAUCCACUCCUAGUUUUGUACAAGAUUAUUCUAAAACAACAUGUUCAUCUAUUUUGAACACUUUUUUCAAUCUUAUUCAAUCCGUUUCUCAAUCUUUACAACAAAACUUGUCUUUAUAAUAAGAAAUUACUAAAUUAUCGUGGAGGAUUAUUUUUUAUUUUCAUUAUUGCUGUUAUAAUUUUCAUCAUCUUCGCUAUACACAUUUUCCAUUCGUCCAAGUUGGAAUAUUUGGUCUAUCAUUAAACUGUCUGAUGGUCGUUUCGAUAACCAAGUUAUCGUCUUCAGAGAGUGAAGUUAAAUGUUUACCUCUAUGGUGACGAUGACUUGGUUAUAGAAACGAACAUCAGACAAUGGAAUUAUUGAUGUAGGAGUAGUAGUAGUAGUUCCUUAUUGAAAUACAAAUAUUUGUUAUUGCUGUAUUUCUUUCCGUUUCUUUUAAUUUUAAUAGUUGCAUUUGUAGUUACUCGAAAUGCGGGUAUAAGCAUUUCCAAACGUUUUAUUCAAUGAAACAAUGUGAUAGAACGCACCAUUUUUGACACUUACGUGUUUGUUGUUAUUUACAAGAAUUAUUACACCUCGAAAAAACACGGUCGUGUUUAGGAUAUAGGUGUUCGUGUGUUUGGUAAAUAUUAAUACUAACUUUUGUAUAUUAUUUUCGUUAUUUUCAAAAGCAUUUUAGUUUUUCAAAUUUCGUCUAGUCAGAUAAAGGUAAAUGUUAUCGAAAGACAAAAAAAAAACUGGGCAAUGCUCUAAGCUACCCGGACCAAGCGAGUGCCUCAUUACUGUGAUACCUCUCACACCUGCUGAUUGCACCGCUAUAUUAACAUCCUUCCCCAUGCCCUAAUUACCCACCCCCAGUAUCGCUCUAAUUGUAAAUUAGGAAUUAAUUAAUAUUUUUGGUGGUAAAGACUAGAUACACUAUUUUGCCAUUUCCUAAAAGUUGGAGAUGUUUAUAUACAUAUAUAUAUAUAUAUAGAAAAUUCUGCAUGACAUAAUUAUUUCGAUAUACUCGAUAAUUUUUAAAAGCCUAAUUGUAUCGCAUGGUAGACAUAUAUGCGUUGUAUUUGAUAGAAAGUGCCAUUCAGAAGUAGUAUGUUACUGACCCAAAAAGACGCCAGGUUUGUACAUAUAAAUUUUCUCUAUACGUCUUUAAUUGCUUUCAUUCUAAUAAACCUCAAAAUCUAAUCAUGCAUUUUUUCAAAUAUCAUCUUGGUUUUGAAAAUUAUGGUUGUUGUGGAUAUUUAUCUGUCCCAGACGUUCUUAAUGACUAGUUUCUUAAUUGAACUGUUUCACAACAGGUCAAAAUAAAUGUCUUCGGUUUUAGUUGAAUACUUUCACGUCUAGAGCUUAGAACAAACGUCAAAUAUCCAAAAGUUUUAUUGUUCGAACGUUUUUCGAAUCAAUCAUAGGUCAGGCAAAGGGUAGAUAUUGUAGGGAAAAUUAUAUCACCCUAUAAAAGACAUCGGUCAUUUAAGUAACACCUUAUAUCCAAAAUUAUUAAGCAAAAUAAUCAAUUAGUCCAUAAUCGAAAAUAGAAUUGUUUUAUACGUUUAUUUAGUUAGUUACUUCCACCAAAAUAAAAUUUUAUUUUAUCGAUGAAAUUAUUGACUAAAUGAUUUGUUAUCAAGUAUGAAGGGUGAAGCAAUUAUCGAUAAUUGACCAGUCGUGGAAUUCACCGACAAUAUCUGCAGUUACGGGGUGUUUCUAAAUUCAUGCGACAAAAUUCAGUAGGUGAUUGCUUAUAUCGAAUUAAUAUGGGUCUUUCCUAUAAGAAAAUUUGCGCACUCCAUUCCGAUAUAUCACAUUUGAAAGGUGGUGACUGAAAUUGAAAUGUUUUUUUUUGAAAUUUCAGUAAAACUAGAAACUUAAAAUUCUGUGAGUUUCGUGCACUCGCUACGUGUAUUUUCUCAAUUACAUUUUAUGAAUUUACUAUUUUCCACUCAACCUAUUAAAAAAAUUAUAAACUAUGGUGUUUUUUUUGUCCCUAUAGCAAUUGGUUUUGGAAAAAAAUCUCAUUUCAUUUCUUAAAACUUCUCUGAUUAAAGUUCUGAUAUGAACUAAAGUGAGGGUUGUUAAUUUCACCCCCGUAUAAUGUAACAGGAAAAUUGAAAAUAAACCCGUGGUUGGUUUUUAGCGACUGCACGAAAAUUACAGAAUUUCAAGUUUACAGCUUUCAGGAAAAAAAAUAAAAAAUCAAUUUUAGUGACAAGCUUUUAAGGAAUUUUUAUUAUAGGAAAGAUUUAUCUUAAUUUAAUACGAGCAAUUUUAAAUUUAAAUUUGGGCGCAUGAAUUUACAAAUACCUUGUAUAUAGACUCCGAUUUUCUUGGGUCUCAUUGAUUUUAGAGGUAAAAACUGAUUUUUGGGAGCUCUAGUAAAUCAAUUCCCGGAUUUUUAAAGUAAAAAGUUUUUUCAUUGAGUCCACCAAUAAAUUUUUAUACUUUAACUUGGCCUACGUGUUGAAAGUUGAAAUAUUGAAUUUUAUUUUGUUUUCGUUUGGAAUGCUCCUUGCUUGGGCAUAAUUUCAAAUACUUAACUUUUCCAUUUUCCACUAUUUCCACCAGGAAACUGUCCUUAGUAGCAACAUACUUUUGAGAUGUUUUAUGGGUACCGAAUUUCUAUCAAAAUCAAUACAAUUUAUCAAAAAAACAUAUCAAAAGAUUCAAUAAGUGAAAAAUUUAAUAUGUCUAACUCAAUUUUGAUCAAAAAUAGACAUGAGAUGCUUCUCAAAUGACUGAUUCAUUAAUAGAACAAUUAAUAUAUCUUUGAUUUGACUACACACAAAAUAAGAGGUCAAACAAAGUGGUCGAAUGAUUCGAAUUAGUUCGGAAAACCCAGAAAAUGAGUUACAUUUUUGAAAACACCAUUUUUAAUCUCCGUACAAAAGAAAUCUUUGUUUUAUCCUUAGUUAUAAAGAGCAGACAUUGUACCUACCUGGAGUGGUAUUUUGCAAUAUGCCUGAAUGCUUUAUUCCCUUUCUUAUCUCAAAUUUUAAGACUGUUUUAAAAAUUAAAUGUAGAACAACAAAAAUAUUUGUUAUAAAACGUUUUCAAGUCAAGGAAAAUGUUUAGCGGCUGUAAUAUUUGUGUGAGACUCAUCUGGAGAUACCUCGAGGUGUCUUGCUCCCAUAUCGGUUUAUGUUUCGGAAUCAGUCAUAUCUAGCCGCACAAAAGCAAGUGAAAAGACUAAAAUGUACAUGAUAGCGUCGUGGAUAGGCCUUUUCAACGCGAACGAUCCUCAAGACUCCACGAGAGUACUUACUUGAGAAACUACAACCAGCUUCAGAUUAGGAUUUCCAUUUGGAUCCUCUGCCAGAUAAAUCACUUUCCAUUUUAUUGUAUGCGUGUUUAAAUAAUGCAGUAGAAGUUGAAGUCUUGAGCUCUGCCAUCUUUGGCCAAUUAAUUGAGAAUUUACAUUUUGUUUCUUUACAUCUGUAGUAGAUUCAAAAUUGGAUAAACGAUAACUUAUUCAGAUAACAAUAUUUUCAUCUUAAAAAAUGUUCAAAGUAACUGCUCAAAACCAAAAAAUUUAUCAUUUAUUUUCUUGCUUUUACGUGGUAUAAUAUGGCGAAAUCCACGACAUGGGUGCGAGAAACCUCGAGGUGAAUCGAGAAUUGUCUUGUACCCAACAGCUGCAGCUGCAGAAUUUGAUUAUUUGCCAUAAUGAACUUGUACAUACGUCCUCUUUUGUACAUAGUACGGAUCUUCUUUAUGUUCACGCUACUUCAAUUCAUUUUCGGCAAUGUUUUUGUCGUUUUGAUCGACUCGGCAUCAUUUUAUUACAAAUCUAAAAUAUACGUUUUGUUGCUCUAUCUCCAUAACUUUCAAAAUUGCUUUAAAAUUUUGAAUCGGACAAUCUAUGAAGCAUCCAGAUACUUGCAAAAAAUCACCAAUGCAUUUUGAUCUAAGUAACUUGACGCGAUUUCAAACUAUAACGUUUUCGCUUUGAAUUUGAUACAAAAUUAUCGAAUAAUAUUUGCGUGUCCAAAAUAUAUCGGACUUUUAAAUGAUGCCACUGGCUUUCUAUUAGAAUUUUAAACACAAAUGGCAUGUCUGCUCAUUUGCUUGGCCUAUGACUUGUUGAAACUGGUUUUUAUCUAAAAACUGUUACUAUAAAUAAAAUGUUUUGAUUAUGCAAUGAAAUCAAUGUACUGAUAUUCAGUAAUAUAUACAUAAAAGAUAAAUUAUUUUUUGGCAGAAUGUGUGGUAUACCAUCCAAUUGAUAAUAAUAUGUCAGUACAAUCAACCAUUUGAUUAAAUCGGUGUAAAUUGAUACCAAAUUCCUUCCAAGUUAUUUUACUUGAUUGUUUCUCGAGAUCAUUCAAGUAAUUGGGGCUUUUCCCAUUCCAUAGGGUCUUAACGUCUCUUUAAGUAUACAAAUUUUCCCUGUUCCAUACAAUGUAUGUUUUAAAUUGAUUGAUUCGCCUUUUUAGGUGUCGUUGUGAUCUAUAACUAGCUUAAAACGUUGAAGUUCCAACAUAGCUUGGGUUAGAUGUUGAUUCCUGUUUCUAAAACCUGUCGAAAGUUAUACCAGUAUCAAUUGAUUUAGUAAAAAAAAUCUUCGCUUCCUUUUUUCUAGACCUAAUUAGAAAUUGAUGUAGAAAAUACAUUCAAUGAUCGAAAUAAAAAAAUUAGAAUGAUUGCACUUCUAUUUAACUUCAACUACGUUCAAGCUGCAAAUUUACUAACCCCAUCGGUUUAAUUUCUUGUCUUCUUCCUAGAGAAAUUUGGCCAUAAAUUAUGCAAGUUACUGAGUGCAAUUCUGUAAACUUAAACUAAUCCAAUCUCUCACAUUUCUACCCUUUUUUACUGAUACUAUUCCCAUCUCAAGUAGGUAUUUGAAUAUAUUAUUAUGAAAAAAAUCUCAUGAAUUCUCAAAAUUCAAUUGUUGUGUUGUAAGUUUCUCCAUAAAAACAUUUUUUAUGAAAGCUUGUUUUUUUCUAAUUCCCGCAGGUUUCUUACACAAUCUAGCGGUGAAGUUGCUUAAGCCUUUUUGUACUUUUCUUUGCACUACGUGCCUUCUUUUCCAAUUAUUUCGAUCUAAUACUUGUCCAUAUUUAUUGGACUUUUAGAAAACGUUGUUAGGUUUUUCUGGAUGUUAUGAUGCAAUCUUCAAAGGACGUUUUAUUCCCAGAAGACUUUACUAAUAUCCUUCCUCUAUUCAAUCUGAUGGGAUUGUCAUUUUUGCUGGAUGCUAACUUUUAUCUUUUCUUCCAUGAAAGUGUUAAGCUGUACUUCGUUUUUCUGUCCAUACUACAGAUCUUGCAAUCUUCUCGGAUUAGCAGGCUCUCUAAUAGAUAAUCCAACUACCUUCUAAUCGAGAUUAGUCCUCCUUGGUGUAUAGUCUCUCAACUCGAUUAUGGGGAGAGCGUUUUAGUUGUUGAAUCUUCUCCUGGUGUUUUUUACAUGAUUUCUCCUUUCUUUUUUGGGUCCAACUCUUUCGAAUCUUCUUCUAUUUCAUUUCUGAUGGUCUACUGAUAUUAAAUUUCAUAUCAUUUUUAAUUAAAAUUAAAAUUUUAUGUUACCCCCGAAUUCACAGUGAAAAUAGGAAUAUUCUCAUGAUUUUACUUUCACAUGGAGAAUAAGUAAGUUAUUAAAUAUUUUACCGAAUAUCAGUGCAUGGGUUUCGUUAUAUAGAAAUUAAAAAUGUUGCAUGUCCGUUUAUUUUUUCAAAAAAAAAAAAAACUAUCCUUGGCUUUCUUUUUGGGUUGGAGUCUUUCUUUGUCAAACCACGUACAUAUUCUAUGUAUUUCCUUUUCUUGCCACAUCAUAAUGUCUUAGGUGAACUGAACUCACACAUUUUUGUAUACAUUUACGAAACUUUGUUCCUUCAAAUAAACAUACAUAUAUUCUUGUAAUUUGAUAAAGACAUGCAGUUGCCUCAAAGGCAGUUAUUUUUGUCUUCCUGUAUUUUGAUCUCGAAGCACAAAUGUAGUUUUAUACGUGUACAGGGCGGGUCAAAUUCUAUUAGAAAUAUAAUGUCUUGAGAUUGAUUCAAACAUCAAAAUAAAGUUCCAAGUUAUAUCCGUUUUUUUUUGAUAAUAAAAACAGUGUGAAUUAAACAUAAUAAGGAAUUGAAAGAUUAUCUUUAUUUUACCUAAAUUUGCCUUGCCCUGUAUACAGCGUGUCUCUCAUUCUUUUUCUCUCAAUCAUUGUAGUCAUCUUGAUGUAGAACAAAUAUUUAGGCUUGUUUAUAUAGUGCAAUUUUAGUAGACUUCCCCAUAUCAGGUGAAACACUGUACAUAGUUUAAUCACUUUGAUAUUUCUUAUCGCAUACAAAACAUUCUUAAAGAAAAAUAGGUAGUUUUAUAGCGAUUCCAAAUACAAAAUCGAAUCACUAAUUUUUAAUCGAACUAAUGCAUUUAUACUUGAGCAAAUCGUUUCUUAAAUGAGGAAUGAAUCCAAUUAAAACAAACACAUAAAUUUUCUGAACUAAGAAACCUUUCGAAAUACAUUUUGGUUAUUGCUAGUUUAUUUUACCGUUAAUCAAAUAACUACAAUCCAACAAACAAAGGUUUCAGCCUACCAAAUUUUUAGAGGUAACUGUCCAAACGACUUUGAACAUGUUUUUCAAGGUUUUUUUUUGUCUUCCUCGUUAGUUCCUUAAAUUUUUUUGAUCCUCAUCUUUAUAGCUCUAACGAUAUUUGUGACAUAGCGCGUUUUGUAAUCAGGGUUCCAUUAAAUCAAUUCUCAUUUUUUUUUCAAAGUUCCCGCCUUUGCGUCUUUACACUUUGUUGUUUGCAUUAAAUACAACGAAAGCAUUUAUUAUAACUACGUUGAGAGAUGAUUAGAAAAGCAGCAUUGGCCAUCUUCUAUUAUUUCUUCAUAUUAUAUAUCUACUUCGUCCACGGUGCCUACCACGACUUUGAUACUAAUAUAAUUUCUGGCUCAUUUGUACCUUCAGAGAUGAUGUUGGGAUGCAUACUAGAAAACCCCAAAAAAACUUGUUUAUUCUUAAAUAAAUUGGUAAACUAAGUUCGUCCAAAUUCAAAAAUCCUUGUUAAAAUAGCUGCAUGGGUCUUUCCUGCAUUGAAUUCAAUCAUAUUGCUUCCACCCCACUUCAGAAUAUUUUCAGGAUCGUUAUUGGGGGAAAGAGGGUAGAUGACUGGUAAACACCAGUGUUGAGCUCAAACCUCUCUGAGGAGUGUCCAUCCAUAGCGACCUGGAUGGAUCGGUCUUUGAGAAAGCUUCUAAAAGCAGUCGACAAACUGUACGAUCUUAAUUUAUUUAUAAGGUUGUAAUGGCCAAAGUAACAGAACCCUAUAGGGUCAAAUUCUGAUACAAUUUUGAUUAAACAUAUCGAAAUAUUCAAGUUUAUCAUACUAAUUUCAUUUCGAGUCCUUCUGUCGUCAAACCUCAGUUCACGAAGUUAAAAUAAAAACCUUUCUAUACUCGGUAUCAAACAUUUUAACGCCCAUUAGUUCUCUAUAGUAUUUUGUAUUUAAACUUUAAUAUUCCCAAAUAAUGCUAAUGAUAUUUCCGCGAGGUAUCUGGGUACGACUCAAGUUAGCACACUGAAUAUUGGUAGUUAAAGAAAUUAAUUUUCGACUUUCUUGUAUAAUUCACGAUUUUCAUUUCUAUUUGAUUGAGUUUCUUCAUUAUCUUGUAUUAUUUACUCUGGUUUCUAUACUUUCUAAUCAUUAUCAGAUACAUCAUCAAUCUUCGCUUGUCCAUAUUGCCGCGUAAGCUCCUGAAGAUGAAUUUGUUAUCGUUAUAGUAGAAAUUAGACUAAAAGCAGCAUAUAAAUAUCACGAACAUACAUUUUUUCUAUCUUUUUUAUAUUAUGUAAAGUUAAUAAACACUUCUGAAAGUGCGAAACUUUUUUUAAAAGUUCGGUAGUUCCAUUAGUAUCAAAUAAAUUUUGAAUGUACAUGGUUUUUCACUUUUUCAAAUAAAAUCAUUAGCAUUUUGUCUGUGGCGAAUAAAUAAAUAGUAACUGGUUGAUUUCAAUAUACAUGUAGUGUCCAUUUUCUGUAAUGAAACAUGCUACAUAUGUUUCAACUCUAAAUGACUUAAUCAUCAAGGACGUCCAUUGUUGUCUCCAAAUUUUCUAACGUAUUUUCAAAUUCUACGUAUAAAAUUUUGCUAUGAUAGCAUUAAAAUUUAUAUUUGUAUCGAAAUCGAGUUUCUCUUUUUUGAAAAACGUUGAAUCGGGUUUUUUUUGCUGACCCUUAUAGCAGAUCCAAACAAGAAAUAUGAUUCCGUAACCGUAUUCAUCAAUAUCAUCCAGUUUUAGAUGAAGAUAUAUUGAUAUUGAUGAAGAUGAUGAAGAUAUAUUGAAGAUUGUCAUUUCGUUUGCCUUUCUUUUCAACAAUUCUGAUCGAAUUCACGCAAACAUUACCAGUGAUUAUAGGAAAUAUUUUACACUGUUAUCCUGAUAUGGUGUUAACUACAUGUGUGGACAUUCAUUAUAUUAGUAUACAGGAUAUGUUAAAAGGACAAACGUCGAACUAAAGACUCUCAAAGUUCGCUUCCAACGAUGUGGGAGCGCUCAAUAUCUCAGCAUUUGCUGCAGCAUGUGUGAAUCGGUUUGUUAUUUGGAGCACAGCUUUAGCAAUAUCCUCUCGUUAGAGUGUGUCUUCACCCUUGCUCGAUGAUGGCAUACGCCCUGUCGGUUCUUCGUUCCGAACAUCACUUCUUGACGGACGUCAUUGCUGAAACUUUCCUAUUUACCGUGUUAAGUAUGAUAAGGCAUUAUUCCUAAGAGUUUCUACUAAUUUAAUUGGAUAAUCUAUCGUAUUUUUCCCUCGAAACUGAAUAUUUUCAAGAAAUCGCUCUGUUCAAUAAGAAUUACUUCCAUUUCGAACAAUAUCUAUCAACUGACUGAUCCCGUAGCCCUCGAUGCGCUACCACCAGCUCUUUCUUGUUAAACAUGUGUACUACUCUGCAUAUUUUACCAAGACCUUUAACGAAUUUAACGAAUGGACUAUAGAAAUUUAAGUUUGUAGUUAAUGUGAAUAGUUUCAUUUCUUUAUACGUUUUGUUGGUAAAUAUAAAGUUAAGUGAUAUUCAAAAGUGCUUCACCUGAUAUUAUCUUAUUAUUAUUUAUUUUUAAAUUUAAUUUAAAAAAAAAUGCAUAUUCUUUAGGAUAUCUUUCUAGUCAAACUUCGAAGUUUGCAAUUUUCUAGUGGAAUUCUACUAAUAUCAACGAAAUAGUUUCCAGAAGCUAAAUAUUUGUCCUGUUUUCAAGGAGGAUAUAUGAAUUUAUUGUAAGAUAUAGGGUUAGAUUUAGUAUAUAGUAUUGUGAUGUAUUAUUAGUGAUAGUCCUUAUAUUUGCAGAAAAUGUGUCUUAUUAUACGUAGCAUUUAAAAAUGAGAAGUUUUCACCUUGUACUUUUAAAAAGAGUACACACGUUAUUAUGAUGCAUGUAAAAUUAACGAAAUAAGUAACUGUUUAUUUGAACUAGUACUAUAUAUAUAUACCAUUUAUAAAGAAUUUGCAUUUUUAAGUAGGAUUAAUGUGUAACUGAAGGUUGAAGAGCAGAAUUAAAACGAAGAGGCUCUAUUUAGGACUCACCGCACGUGUCAAACUUAAUAACUUUUCAUUCCAAUACAAAUCCUGUCAAAUUUUAACAAUUUAAAACGGGCUGUGCAAGAAUAGAGUAAAUAUAUUUUUCAUUUCGCAUUCAUUUUGAUGCGUUUUCGAAAUCAAUUUUUAUUUCAAUAUACGUGGGGUCAAAAACAAAUCGUUUGCUUGGCAGAUUUAAAAAGAAAAUGUUUACCAAAUAUGUACUUUCAUAUAGAUAGGAAGAUCCUUCGCAUUGCUAAUGUUUUGUAGGUAAUUUAGCGCUUUACCAAAAAAAUCCUUUACAUUUUUUUUGGUAUAUCUAACCAUUUAAAUGUUUAAAUAAUUAUUUUUGCUCGCGAAUUUCAUAUCGCGCAGAGAAUUUUCCAGUUUUCCAGUUUUUCACUUUAGAGAGGGAUUGAAUAACAUCACUGGUUAAAGUACAUUCAAGAUCAAGUGGCAAAAAGUGAUAUCUGCACGAAUUUCUCCGAAAUACAUGAAAGAAAUUAAAAUUUUAUGAAUCAUUCAUCAAUCAAAGUUUGAUGAUGAUAUCUUUGAAAUGCUUUUAAUUUGAUCGAAAAAAUAAUUUUCAUUUUACGAAAAUUCGUAUUGUCUAUUUCAUAAUUUUCAUUAGCUGAUAAUGUAUUAAAUUUGUAAGCAAAAAUUUUGUCGAAAAAUUACUAGGCUUUAACUUUUAAUAACUUUUAAAUGAUAAGGUACACGAAAAAAACUAUGAUACCUUUUUUGUAGAUUUGUCUACCGUAAUUUCUCUAUCAAACUAAGUAUAAAAUAGUUUAACACAUAUUUAUACGAAGAUUCCACUAUUCCAUAUUCAUUUUUUUAUUUAGUUCUUGAUCUCUUUUCCAAUUCAGUUUUGUUAUAUUAUUUCUUCAUUUUAUUUCAAUACAUUUCAGUAUUAAUCUUUUUAUUUUCAAAUUUCAAUAUCCAUGUCUUCAAUUUUAUCAACUUUUCAUUUUUGUUGCUCGUAUUUUACAACCAAGACCAGCAAAUACAAUAAAAGAUGCAAAAAGUUAUCUAAUCAGUGAUUUUUUAAGAGGUAUAGGAUUUGAUUUAAAAAAAAAUACAUAAAAUUUGAAAAAAUUGAUAAAUUUUUUAUUGGAAUCGAUAGUACGAUCAGUAUAAUUUAAUGUUUGAAGAUGAUUUCAUGCAAAUGUUGGCCGCGAUUCCGCUUUAGAUAGCCCAUGCGAAAGAUCUGAUUCUGUCACACUCUCUCCAACAUUGGCGUCAAUCAUUGCUGGUUUAUCUCUGUAGACAUUAGCCUUAACAUGGCCCCAGAAGAAAUAGUCCAAAGACGUUAAAUCACACGAUCUAAGAGGCCAAUUGUUGGGCCCCAAACGUUCACCGAAGGCGGCUUUCAAUUUCGUUAUUGUUUUGCGUGCCGUGUGGCAUGUGGCACCGUCUUGUUAAAACCACAUAUCAGGUAUGUCCAAUUCUUCAAUUUUGGGUAAAAAAAAUCGUCAAUCAUUACACGGUAGCGCUCGCCAUUCAUAGUAACGUUCCGGCCAUCGUCACCAAACAGUGAACACAAUUUUUCGAUAGAAAAGUGGAUCUCCCUCAAACUUCGCCAGCGCCCAUUCACCAAAUGUUAGUUAUAUGUCAUAUAUCACUUUAUAUGAUUAUGUUCCAUGCCUAUAAUUCCAUCAAAUUUUUCACUAAACUUAUUGAACAAUAUUAUGAGCACUUUGAAUAUCUAAUUUUUAUAGAAUUCUUAUAGAAUUUAUACUGUGGUUCCGGCUUUAUGAGUGACUUUGAGUUUCCUCUGUUAAUUCAAAGUUUUGCAUUUAUAUCUGGAAUUUCUAUGAAUGGAAGGUUUGUUGUUAGAGCGUUCACCUGGAUUAAAUUACUUCAUUUUAUUUAUUUUGCUAGUACUUUUUUGUACGAAAAUUAUUUAUCAUUCAAUUUAAACAACUGCCAUUUUGUUUUCAAUUUCGUUUUGACAUAUAAUGUACCACACAAUUAUUUUAUAUCGCUUGUCCAAAACUAUGAAAGUCUCUCUCAAUUCCUUUCUAUCUAAUUAAAGUCCCGUUCGGUAAACUUUGUAUCUUGUCACCCCACGCGAAAUUCUACAUCAAAGUGAAUAGCGUGUUUACAAGUUGCACUGCCUUCAGAUAGAUCUAAUGCGAACAAGUGUGGUUUCCCAUCACUCUCACCGACAAAUGAACGACUUGCGGUAUGGAUACGGUGCCGUUGCGUCUUUAUCUACUUUGACCGCAGGUUAUAGUUGGGAUCCAACACUGUUUUCAUUGAGAACAAAUUUGAAUAUAAUUGUGUAUAUCUGUUGAAAAUUAAAGGUAAAUACACAACAAGCAAUAAUUGUUUAGCGUGGUUCAUUUCCGAAAAAAAUAAUUUUUUUUCCGGUGCUCAAGCAAUAUAUUAAUCUACAUAUAGAAAAAUGAAUUCUCAAGUUUGUUAAAAUGCACGUAAAAUGUUUUUUUCAAAUUUCUAAUACUUUUUACAAUAAUGUAAACCAGUUUGAUGGACCUUGUGGGGAAUUUUAUGGUCUUCGAAAUUGCUCUGGAGUUUUUUUAAGAACUCACACUUGUUCAACAAUAGAAGGAACAAUUUUUUUCAAAAACCUUGCUUUAACGAUUCCUAUUGGUGAAGCAAAACCUCUAAAGCGAUUUCGAAGACCAUAAAAUUCCCAACAAGGACCAACAAAACGAUUUGAAUUAUUGAAAAAAGUGAGUAAAUAUUAGAAAUUUGAAAAAAAAUAUUUUCUACAUGCAUUUUAAACAGUAAAACUUCAAAUUGAUAUUAAGAGCUCAAACUUGGUGAGACUUUUUUUUCUAUAUGUAGAUUAAUAUUUUGCAUGAGCACCGAAAGAAAAAUUGUCGUAUUAGAAAACUUGUUUGUAUAAUUGAAAUAUUUAGAAGCAAAAGUUUGGAGUUAUUGUGAAAAAUGUUUUAAGAUGACGUUAUUAAGUUUGGUACUUGCGCUGUAUUUGCUACAGUAGUUUUGGUAACAGGCCUAGUUUCCCGGUACUGACCUGGCAGUGUCUGGUUGGUGCUAGGUUACUGCGCGUAAUCAGCUGCCAGCAAUCUUUGAUCAUAAUUUACAUACGAUGGUCUAGCCAAGAAAUGAUCGAAUCAUAAAUAAUAUAAAAAAGGAGUUAGCGGCUUGGCUAGGCUAUAGAUUUUACAAUAACGUAGUGCCUUUAGGCUGCUGAUCACGCUUUGCUGAAGGUGUGGGUCACAAUAGCCUUUUUUUUUAGUGUUAAAGAUCCUUUUUUUUUCUCCAUAUAAUUUAUAUGAUUUACUGUGUACUGUACUGUUCUAAUCCCGAGGUGUAUGUAAUAUCACCGCUACUAUUUGUAAUAAUAAUGCUUGAAAAUGCA